GGUCCCGAAAUGCUAGAUCACUGGGCAUAGAGUAGAAAAAAAUCAUAUUUAGUAAGAAUAGGCAUUAAAUAUUCAGUUACUUUUUUUUCUAAUAAUUAGUAUACUUGGACAAAUUGGGCUGGAUUAGGGAGAAUGACUAGGUGUAUAUGCAUUUUAACAUUCUGAGUAAAUACGAGCCCAUGCAUUUUACAGCAGGUUUCAGCCGGGUGCUGCCGAUACAAAGAAACCUGCCGGGUAGCCUCUGCCACUGGCUGGUACUGGCCGCCGUGUCCCACUAGGAAAGCUUAACAUGUUUCCUCAGACACGCUGUCAAGCGAAAGCCGAUGGGCCUGUACAGUCUAAGGGACUGCAGUAAAAGCAACAUAAGGUCAAAGAAUUGUUUUGAAACAACUGAGGUGUCUCAUUUUCAUUCUUUGCAUGUAGAAUGUUAAGCUACAGUUGAGUGUUUUAAAUGCCUGGUAGUACCGAGAUGUUUUCAGAGAGUAUACUUAAUGUAGCUAAUAGUUUUUCUCAAAGUCUGAAUGAUUUCUUACAUAUAUUAGUUUUAUGUUGAAUAGAUCACAAAGAACUAGGAAGAAGAACAGACAAUAAUAUCAAACUGUCAAAAUCUAGGUGCUUCACUUGGAGGCUCUUAGCUUUUAUUUCAGCUCGGACAUUCCAUGACUCCAGUGUUUUCCCCCACUGAACUACGAUACUAUUAUUUUUAUUUGACCAAAGAAAAGAUACCUUAAAUAAACAGCCAACUUUAGGAAUAGCCCAUGGGUAAGGAAAAAAACCACACAUGCCUUCUAUAUCCAAUAUUCUUGGGAGAUAACAUGUUUGUCAUUCAUUACUGUCCAAAAGGAAGGAAAAGAAGUAAAAAACAAGAUUUAAAAUGGAUUUUGGUUUCUGUUUUACUAAUUAAAACGGACACCAGUCUUCUGAGAAUUACACUUCUGAUAAGCAAACAGACCUGGUAAUUUGAAGUUGCCUUUAUUAAAUUGUGCUUCCAGCGGGAAGCACAUCUUUUAUUUCCCCAUCUUAUAUUAGACAAAGGUCAGGUAUAGGUUGUGAAGAUUUCCAAUAAAAUCUGCAAAAUGAAUACUCUUUACUGAAAUGGAGCACCACAAGUCUCUAGAAGAGCAGACUAUUCAUUGCGUUUCUGUGAGUAAAGCACCACAGUGUGUGCAUCUCAUUGUGUUUACAGUAUCAUCCUGCUCUGGUUUGUUGCAUAUAAAUAAUUAGGCUCAAGUGGAGAUUGAAGGCUCAGUCUAUAACCAAUCCCAGAACUUCAGGUUAACUUUUAAAGUUUUAUACACACAGGCUGUUUUAUUACCAAUUUCAUUGUGCAUUGUACAAUCACCAUGUUAAAAUUUACGGUUACUUAUUUCUUUAGUGGUUAGACAACUGUAAGAGGACAUUUGGUGCCAAAGAAGACCUGUAUAGGAUAAACACAGAUGCACAGCAAAUGGAAAUUCUAGCAGAACUGGAGCUCUGCCGAAGGUUAUAUAAACUGCAUUUUCAGUUGCUGCUUCUGUUCCAAGCCUACUGCAAACUGAUCGGCCAAGUAAAUACAAUAAAAAAUGAAGCAGAGGUCAUCAACAUGUCUGAGGAACUAGCCCAGCUGGAAAAUAUCCUCAAAGAAGCAGAGUCUGCUUCAGAAAAUGAAGAAAUUGACCUUUCCAAAGCCGCACAAACCACUAUAGAAACUGCCAUUCAUUCUUUAAUUGAAACUUUGAAAAAUAAGGAAUUUAUAUCAGCUGUCGCACAAGUAAAAGCUUUCAGAUCUCUCUGGCCCAGUGAUAUCUUCGGCAGUUGUGAAGAUGACCCUGUGCAGACGCUGUUACACAUAUAUUUCCAUCAUCAGACUCUGGGCCAGACGGGAAGCUUCGCGGUUAUAGGCUCUGACCUGGACAUGUCAGAAGCCAACUACAAAUUGAUGGAACUUAAUCUAGAAAUAAGAGAGUCUCUACGCAUGGUGCAAUCAUACCAGCUUUUAGCACAGGCCAAACCAAUUGGAAAUUUGGUGAGCACUGGAUUCUGAGAAACUUCAGGCAUUUAGGGAAGAAACAAACCUGAAGAUGAUGAAGAAUAUUACCAGGCACCUUUUAUGAACCCUUGCAGUUCACGGAUAACUUCCUGGCAGCAUCCACAACACGAGUGUAACUAUUGUCCAACUUCUAUCGAGAUAAAGAACGUCAAAAUCAAAGAUCUGAAGAAAAUUCUAACAGCUGCCAAUACCUCCCACAAUUAACUCUAUGAAGAAGGAAUUUUUUAAUUAUUACUUAACCUAUGUGAAAAGAAAAGGGCUAAAAGUGAUGCAUACAUUACUUUCUGGAGAAAGAAGAGACUUCCCAGACUGUUUGCAAUAAUGGCCUCUAAUACGGAGACAUUGGAAAGCAGGUGACAUGAGGCUAAAAUCCAGGCUCGUUCAUUUUAGCUGAAGACCUGCAAAGCUGUGUGGAUUUCCAGCAGCCAGAAGCAUACUCUACAGUUGAUGCUUAAUCAUCUACAUGAAGAACCUUCAGUCGGAUAGACACACAUAAAGACUUCUUUGCAAAAACCAUUGAUUUUUUUUUUCAACACCUGGGAUAAGGGCGUGGGUGUUUUGUUUUUUAGUCUGUAUAAAGGAUUACGUGUGCGUGAGCUGGGAUGUGUGAGUAUGUGAUAGUCCUAUUUUCAAGGUAUGGAUGUUUGGGGAUAACGUGUCAGAGCAUGCCUGAAAGAGCACUGCAAGAUUAUUUUUGAAGAAAUUUUAUUUUAUUAGCUCUAACUCUUCAUAGUGUGUAAAUGUUAGAACAUUUUAAUACUAUUUUAAAGCUGGGCUUUCCCGGUAUUUUGAAAAGAAAUAAUAUAUCUGUUAAUGUUAUUGGAAUGCUGCUCAGUUCUCUGAUCAGUGCUUACGGGACGAUUGUUGAUAACUAACCAAAGUAGAUGCCUGCAGAGACUUAAAAAUGUAAAAUAAAGAUGUAUGCUGCCCGGCAGCUCUUCUCCUUAGAAACGUUAACUUAUUUUACUCCAUAAUUAUUAUAGAAACUGUAUAGAUUAAAACCAGUAUUGUACAUUUUUGCAAUGCACUGUUAGACAAGAACAGGUGUACAAAGCUAAAGAAAAGAUUGUGGUCACUGAUGGUAGAAUACAUGACUUGCGGGCUCCGAAGUCUGCAGAAAAUUCAAGGAGAUGCAAACACAUUUUUCUAUGUUUAUUCAGGACUCAUGUGUUUCACCCAGAAGGAACCUGGGGCUAUGGGGGAAAAUGAAAGGAAGCCUGAAGACUGACUACCAAAACAUGCAAUAUACUUAACUCCUGUCGAAGUCUGUAGCAUAACAUGAACUGGAUUCUCUGUCCUUUUUUAAAUAGCAUUUUGUAAAAGAAAUGAAUGUAGUCCCACAAUUCCUCUGAUUUGAAAGGAACACCUUGUAUUUUUUAUAGGCAUCUCUUAUCCACUGUGACUUUUCUUUUAAACUGGGCUCUGUGCCUCCAGAGUUUAGAAUGUAGAAAUGAAAUGCUUAGCUUUGCCUUUUCUUGGGGGUGUGGACCCUGCCAGAAAUGUAAUUAUGCUCAAGUGCAUUAAUUGAAGGCACUGUGCACGCCAUUGGACUGCUGACUAGAGUUAUGUUACCUGUAAAAUCCAUAACUGGUCACGGCACAUUCAUAAUCACUGUAUUUUUUGACCCUGAUAAAACACACACAAAUUAUUUUAAUGGUGUUCUGGUACUGUAAAUGGUGUCCUUUAAAUUAUUUAAUAACUUUUAGGUGUGGGGCAGGAAGUAGAGGGAUGGUGUCCGGAGACACCCCACACUUUAUAUCCUAUCGUACCAUCCCAUUUUCUCACCCUCCUUAUAUCCUUUUUGUUAAAAUAAAAAGCAUUGUAGCUGUU